GAGUACAAAAAGAGGAGAGAGCUGGAAAAAUGUGCAACGUCAACGCGCUCGGAGUCUACGUGUGGGAGACGAUCGUUUUCUUCAGCUUGGCAGCCUCCAAAGAAGCUGAAGCAGCAGCACGAUCCGCCCCCAAGCCCAUGUCUCCUUCCGAUUUCCUGGAUAAAUUGAUGGGGCGUACUUCAGGAUAUGAUGCCAGGAUCAGACCAAAUUUUAAAGGCCCACCAGUGAAUGUCAGCUGCAACAUUUUCAUCAACAGCUUUGGUUCAAUUGCAGAAACAACUAUGGAUUACAGGGUGAACAUCUUUUUGCGACAGCAGUGGAAUGACCCACGGCUGGCCUACAAUGAAUACCCAGAUGACUCCCUGGACCUGGACCCCUCUAUGCUGGACUCCAUCUGGAAGCCCGAUUUGUUCUUUGCUAAUGAGAAAGGGGCCCAUUUUCAUGAGAUCACUACAGACAACAAGCUCCUCAGGAUCUCCAGAAAUGGCAAUGUCCUCUACAGCAUCAGGAUCACGCUGACUCUGGCCUGCCCCAUGGACUUGAAGAACUUUCCCAUGGACGUACAGACAUGCAUCAUGCAGUUAGAAAGCUUUGGUUACACAAUGAAUGAUCUCAUAUUUGAGUGGCAAGAAAAAGGAGCUGUGCAAGUUGCUGAUGGACUAACAUUGCCUCAGUUUAUCCUCAAAGAAGAAAAAGACUUAAGAUACUGCACAAAGCACUACAACACAGGCAAGUUCACCUGCAUAGAAGCUCGUUUCCACCUGGAGAGACAGAUGGGCUACUACUURAUCCAGAUGUAUAUCCCCAGUCUCCUCAUUGUCAUUCUGUCCUGGAUCUCCUUCUGGAUCAACAUGGAUGCUGCACCUGCUCGUGUUGGCCUGGGCAUCACCACAGUGCUCACUAUGACCACACAGAGCUCUGGUUCCCGAGCAUCGCUGCCCAAGGUGUCCUACGUGAAGGCCAUAGACAUCUGGAUGGCUGUGUGCUUGCUGUUUGUGUUCUCUGCACUUCUAGAGUAUGCUGCUGUCAACUUCGUGUCCCGACAGCACAAAGAGCUGCUCAGGUUCAGAAGAAAGAGGAGGCAUCAUAAGAGUCCCAUGCUGAAUCUGUUUCAGGAGGACGAAGCCGGCGAGGGCAGAUUCAACUUCACCGCCUACGGCAUGGGGCCGGCCUGCCUCCAGGCCAAGGACGGCAUCUCCAUCAAGGGCGCCAACAACAACAACACGGCCAACCCCGUCCCRCCGCCGUCGCGCUCCCCGGAGGAGAUGAGGAAGCUCUUCAUCCAGCGAGCCAAGAAGAUCGAYAAGAUCUCGCGCAUCGGCUUCCCCAUGGCCUUCCUCAUCUUCAACAUCUUCUACUGGAUCAUCUACAAGAUCGUGCGCAGAGAGGAUGUGCACAACCAGUGAGGGGAGUAAGUGGGAGGGACAGAGCAAUCCUUUAUAUAUGUGCAAUAGCAAUGCAGCAAUGCAUGAAUUUAAGAAUGUGGCAAUAUCUACUAAAAAARGGGGGGGAUGGGAGGGACUUUUAAUCAUAUGAACUGAGGAUAACUGGAACAGGGAGAAGAGCAGCUCUUGAUCUGGGGGAUUGCAGGGUGGGAGUUAGUUUUACAGCAUAGGAAGGUUUGGAUUGCGCCAGCUGCCAAUCCAAGCAGUGUAAUAUAUUAAUAUAUAUUCAUGCUUAAUUAUAAUGCAAAGAGAAAAACACUCAAAAAGACAAAAAAACUUUUUUAGCCUAUUAACAGCUUAGAUUCUAAAGUCACUGGAAUGAUUCAUAAUUCCAUGUGCAGAAACAACUGCAAUCAGAAACAACUGCAAUUAUGCUUUAUCUGACUUUUGCUAUAGAAAGGCCAUACCAGUCAAGCACGUGGAGGGGAAAAAAAAAACCCUAACAAAAAAAAUGCAAGAAAAAUCAUUCUAUGCUUCUCUAGACUUUGCACUUUAAAAACUGGAUAGAUGGGGAAAUUUAAGAAAGAGGCUGUAGGUUGUUGUUUAUUUUAAACAUUUACUUUUUUUAGCGUCAGUUUUGCUGAUCAAGCACUUUGUGACUUUUGGAUAGAGGAACACAAACGCGUUCUCUCUCUCAGCCCCAUCAGAGAGCAUCCAAUGAGAAACCCAAAAAGGACAC